AUGGAUGCUUGUCAAAAUGUGGAAGCUGAUGUUGAAAAAAUAUUAGCUAAAUACAACAAAUAUGGUCAAAAAUGGCAAUUUCAAUUACAUAGAUUCAUAUCUACAUUGGAAAGAUAUAAAAAAGAAUUCGAGAGUCAAGGUUCUGGAAUAGAUCAUUGUGAGUUAUCUUCAACAAUUUUACAAAUAAAACUUUCCAUUAAAGAAAUCACUAAUGAACAUAGAAGAUGGCAUAGUGAUGUUUCAAGAGUUGGAAAAAGUAUUGACAAAAAUUUUAUUAGUGAUUAUACUGAAGCUAGUAAUAAGAAAGUAUUUAAAACUGAUCAUGAAAAAGAGAUAUUAAACAAAAUUAUAUGUUUACAUUUGUACAAAGAUUCAAAGUGGGAAGUUGCUGAAGAAUUUUUAAAAGAAGUGGGCUUAACAAUUGAUGAUGGACAAAAACAACAUUAUUUACAUUUAAAUCAUAUUGUUGAUUGCUUAAAACGUAAAAAUACUCAACCAGCUUUUGAAUGGGUUCGACAAAAUAAGAUUCAUUUAGAUGCCAAAAAAUCAGAUUUAGAGUUUAAACUUCAUCAAAUUGUUUUUCUAGAUAUUUUAAGUGAAGGAAAUCACUAUGAAGCUGUUGUUUAUGCUCGUGCAAAUUUCAACAAUUUUUUAGAUAAACAAAAAGAGAUACAGUCUACUAUGGGAAUGUUGUUGUACCUUCCAAACAUUGAACAAAUACGUGAUGAUGUAAUUGAUCUAUUUUUAAAAGAAUCAUGUUUAAGUGAUGAUGACUUACUAAGUAUUAGUGUAAAUGUUGGUUGUUCAGCUUUACCUACUCUAUUGGAUAUUAAACAAGCCAUUUGUCGAGAUGUUGGUGGAGUUUGGAAUGAAAAUGAUGAACUUCCUAUCAAAAUUGAUACUGGUUUUGCUUAUCAUUCUGUAUUUGCAUGUCCUAUUUUAAGAACUAGAAGUAGUUCAUCUAAUCCUCCAAUGAUGUUAGUUUGUGGUCAUGUAAUUUCUAAAGAUGCUCUCCAUAAGUUGGAGAGAUCUGGUCGAUUAAAAUGUCCAUAUUGUCCUAAAGAGCAACUUCCAUCUGAAGCUAGGGUUAUACAUUUUUAAAAUGUAUAUAAUAAUAUUGUUUUUAGUGUAAAUAUCAAUUUUGUUUAUUCAAUUCAAUGUUUCAUAAGAAAUUUAUCUUUUGUAAAUAAUAUGAAGGUAUAUUCAAUUUUUAAAGUUUUAAUUCAUAUUGUAAACUAAUUAUCUAGUAAAAUAAAUACAAUUAAUACUUAAAAAAAUAUUCAGGAGUAAAAUGUACUUUUAUUUUAGUGGUAAGUUAUAAAAAAUGAUAUCUGUGUCAAUGAAUGUAAUAUAGUAUACAAAUUAUACAUUUUUUCAGCAUUUAA